UUACAAUAAUAUUUCAAUCUUUUUUCUCUAUAUUUCAGGUCUCUCGCUACUUCCCUUUAUAAAGAAAAAACGAAUGUUUAUUUCAGUUUUUCUCUGCUACUUCUAUUAGAUUAUUUCUCAGCAAAAACACUUUCUCUCUCUUCUUUCGACUCAAAUUUUAAACCAUAUUUUUCUCUUAAGAUUUCGUGGGAAAAUUUCUUAAACAAAAAAAAAAAAAAAAAAAUGGACGGUAAUGCUGAGUAUAAUCCUCGAACUGUUGAAGAAGUUUUCAGAGAUUUCAAGGGUCGAAGAGCUGGCAUGAUCAAAGCUCUUACUGCUGAUGUUGAAGAAUUUUACCAACAAUGUGACCCAGAGAAGGAGAACCUCUGCUUGUAUGGAUAUCCAAAUGAGCAGUGGGAAGUGAACUUGCCUGCAGAAGAGGUGCCUCCAGAGCUCCCAGAGCCUGCUUUGGGUAUUAACUUCGCCAGAGAUGGCAUGCAAUCAAAGGACUGGCUGUCACUUGUUGCUGUUCACAGUGAUGCUUGGUUGCUUUCUGUUGCCUUCUACUUUGGUGCGAGGUUUGGAUUUGAAAAAGGGGAUAGGAAACGUUUGUUUAAUAUGAUCAAUGACCUGCCUUCAAUAUUUGAGGUGGUUAGUGGAUCUGCAAAGAAGCAGUCAAAUUCAAAAGAGAAGACAUCAAUUUCAAACAAUAGCAGCACCAAAUCCAAAUCAAACUCAAAAUCAGCCAAAUUUACUUCAAAAGGGGCACCACCAAUUCCGAAAGAUGAAGAAGAUGGUAUGGAUGAGGAAUUUGAAGAGGAACAUGGAGAUACACUUUGCGGUGCCUGUGGAGAUAACUAUGCUUCAGAUGAGUUCUGGAUUUGCUGUGACAUAUGUGAGAGAUGGUUUCAUGGAAAGUGUGUGAAGAUCACUCCAGCUAGGGCUGAGCAUAUCAAGCAAUACAAGUGCCCAUCAUGCAGCAACAAAAGAGCUAGGCCUUGACGUAUUUGUCUCAAGCUCGCUAUUCAUAUCAUAUCAAUUCUAUCACUCUGUGGGUAUUCUGCUAAUUGUGUAGGUGUUAGCCAUGCGUUUUCGGGUGUUACAAUUUCGUACAACUGUGUCUAGAAUUAUGUUAAUUAUAUCAGCUAGUUUGCAGAUCGCCAAUGUUAUCAAUUGUGCAUUUGGAUAUGUAGUAUCUUUAUGUUAUAGGAAGUACUACCUUGACUAACUUUUUCCACUAUUCUGAAAUCAGUUGUUGAUUUUCGGAAUGCAAUUUAUCAUGUGUCCAGAGUUCUUAAUUUCA